GGUGAUCGACUGAAUUGUAAAAUGGCCUGGACAGGGCUGGCAGGCACAGCUCUUCUUUCAUAUCUAAUCCAGGCCUUCCAUGUGUAUCUGUCCUUUCAUGUGGCUGUUUUUGAUCAAUGACCUCAAAGUCAGUAUCUCCCAUUACACAACUUCCUGCGCUGUUGCACAAAGACGGGUUGCAAGCGUCACAGGACUACUUGUUUUGCCAAGUUACGCACAUGCACGCUCACUUAAUGGGCGUAUGCGUGGUGAGAAAUGACUACGGAGGUUUUGAAAUGCCUUGUAAGGCAAGAGCCAAGGGUAGGGAGGGGAACACUUUGUGAAACAGCUGACCUACUGUGUUUAUCGCUUAUAGCCUUGUGCCGUUUAGCAAAAACAGAAUCUUAUUUAAUCUGAAGUGUUUCGUAUGUUCUUUUGCGAUCAUGAUACCACGAGUGAGUCAGAGCUUUUGUUUUUAAUUAGAUGGGAGGAAGUAAGGGCCUGAAUUUGGUAUGAGGAAGAAGAACAGCUGACACUAAAGCCUACAAAAAGCAGAGGGUGGGGGGAUAACGGGAAUAGCUCUAUCAGUUUUUCUCAAAACCACCAAAAGAGACGGCAGGAGGGAAGAGGUGACACUGCAGUGAACAAAACUGUAGAACAGAGCACAUGCGAGCCUUUGCCAAAGGUGUUGAACAGAGAACACAAUGGCUCAAGAGACGAACCAGAGUCCAGUGCCCAUGCUUUGUGCCACAGGUUGCGGUUUCUAUGGCAACCCAAGAACCAAUGGUAUGUGCUCUGUAUGCUACAAGGAACACCUGACACGGCAGCAGAGCAGCGACCGCAUGAGCCCCCUCGGCCCAAUGGGCUCAACUGCUAGUCCUACCUCAGAGGCUUCUGCCAUCCAGAGACUAGAAGCCAGUCUAGCAAAGGUUGAUGCCUCCCCUGCCCCUUCACCAGACAUGUCGAGAACCAUUCAAGGAUCUCUUCCUGUGACUCAGCAAAUGACAGAGAUGAGCAUCUCCAGAGAGGACAAACCUGAACCCCUAGAGCCUGUUGUAAGCCAGCCUGCUGCUUCUAGCCCUACUCCUGUAGCCUCUUCUAGCAGUGAAGAAAGUAAGAGUGACGCCCCCAAACCUAAGAAGAACAGGUGCUUCAUGUGCCGCAAGAGAGUGGGCCUCACAGGGUUCGACUGUCGCUGUGGCAACCUGUUCUGCGGCAUCCACCGGUACUCUGACAAGCACAACUGUCCCUAUGAUUACAAGGCCGAGGCUGCCGCCAAGAUCCGCAAAGAGAACCCUGUGGUGGUGGCUGACAAGAUCCAGAGAAUAUAAAAGAUGAGACAGAGCAGCAGUGGCAGCAACAAUGAAACACCAUUGACAAAAGACUGGAGUAUGAGUGUGAACCUUGGAAAUGAGCAUAAAUGAGAAUGGAACAGACUUGAUUUACAAAAUUACAACCUCAAGAAGAUCACGGAGAGGAAAAAAA